CACGAAUCGCCAGAAGCAACAGCGAUGAUGACGAUGAUGGCUGUAGUGUGAUUGAUGGUUGCACAAGCGUGCUUGUGCUUGCUGCUGCACAACGAAGGGGGAAGGGGACAAGUGCAGGAUGGACGAACAAGGUGUCAUCACGCCACAACGCCAAUCGCCGCCAGCUUGCUGGCUUGCUUGCGUUUCUUCUUUUGUCUUCUUCACUUGUUCCUCUGUGGCUUGUUGCUUGCAUCGCCGCUGAUGCACCUGCCGUGGCGGCCGCUGUGCAGAUUGCCAUUCUCUCGACCUCUGUUGUGGAGAUAUACGCAGCACCACCAGCCCCACACAUCUGCCCAUUGUGUGAAGGGGCAAACCAUGGAUGAGAACGUAGCUCAAGUGGCAGCACAGCAACACAGCUCUGCCCAGAAGCUGGACGUUGCCGUGCUGUUGGCAGACCCCAACGUUUACGACCCUGGAUGGACGCCUCACGACGACGAAGACUUGGCUGGCUUGAAGGAGGCGCUGGAGAACAUCCCUGAUGUGCGCAUCAGCUAUCUCAACGACCACGCGUCUCUCAUUUCCACCUUCCAAACUCGACCUCCUGCAUUCAUCUUCAACCUGUGCGAUGAAGGGUUCAUGAACGUGAACGAGACAGAGCCACACCUGCCCGCCCUCAUGGAAGUCUUCAACAUCCCCUUCACAGGGACCUCUGUGCAUGGGUUGACCAUCUGUCGUGACAAGGCGCUUGUUCGCACCAUCGCUGAGCAAGCUGGCGUCCCCGUUCCAAAAGAAGUGGUUGUUCCAUUCGCCGAGGGAACACCGCCCACGGAUGAUCAGCUCUCUACCGCAGCCGCCGCUGUUGGAUACCCAUGCAUUGUGAAGCCCCGCUCCUCGGACGGCAGCACGGGCAUCACGCAGCAGUGCGUCGCCCACGAUCUACAGCAGCUGCGGGGAGCCAUCGAUGCUGCCAUGGCCGAGAUCAAGCAGGACAUGCUGGUGCAAACGUUUCUCCCUGGCCGCGAGUUCACUGUUUCCUGUGUCGGUAACCCAUCGACUGGCGACUUUGAGGUUCUGCCGCUGCUGGAAAUCGACUAUUCGCAUCUCAAGGGGGAUGGCCCACGUGUGCAGCUCUUCGACGGCAAACGCGGCCUAAUUGACGACUACUGGACUCAAGUCACACACACGCAUGGACACGUCGAUACCGCCGUGCUCGCUGCUCUCCACACCUGGUGCAGCAAGUUGUUUGAGGAGCUGCAGCUGAAAGAUUACUGCCGCAUGGACUUUCGAAUGGACGCACACGGCGACAUGCACCUGCUCGACGUCAACCCAAACAACUGGAUUGGAGGCAAAUUCCGGCGGUCUGGGGAGCUGGCCGGCAUGACGUGGCCGCAGCUGCUUCGUCGUGUCAUCGACACCACACGACGAAGGUUUGGGCUCCCGCUUGGUGUUGACACGCCACCGCGCGCGUCGGAAACGAGUGUGGACACGGCAAGCUGUGAAGCGAUUGUUGCGCGCAUCACGUCGUCGGCGUCGUUCCCGGCUGCGCUGAUCACAAGCGCGCUGCAGCGGUUUGCGCACCACCCACGCCAGCUCAGCGCCAUCAUGCAAGCUGCUGCUGAUGCCGCCGUUGCUGCAAACGGAACGCACCAACGCUUCUCAGCGCCCGUCCCUCGCGCCGAUCCCGUGAAGAAGCGAACGAUGCACGGCGACACGCGCACCGACGAAUACACGUGGAUGCAUGACGUGGACAGCGACGAAUUCCAGGACCACAUUGAUGCGGAGUGCACCUACUCUGAGCAGUUGAUGGCGCAUCGGGAGCCGCUCAUCGAGCGCAUUGCAAAGGAGCUCAAGGAACGAUCACAGUUUUCAAAGCCGCUCAAGGUGGAGGCGCACGGCUUUGCGUACUGCACCAUCUGCCCGCCCGAAUGCGUCUACCCAUUGCAUUGCAGGGUGCGCGUGCGGAAUCACGCGACGGACUCUGCGCCGCUGAUUGACCGAAUCCGCGCCGCAAUGCGCGAACCAGAUGACGACGUUGGCGACGGCGACGACGAUGGCGUGAAGGACGGCGUGCAGUUGAUUGAGAAGAGUGAUGUGCUUGUUCUGUUGGACGAAAAUGAGCUGGCGCAGGGCCACGACGUGUUUGCCGUUGGCAACGUCGUCAUCAGCCCAACAGGCGACCUCAUCGCAUUCACGGUGGACGUGACUGGUGACGAGACGUACGCGCUGUAUGUGCGCGACAUUGCGACCCAGUCUGUCGUGCGCACCAUUGGUGGUGUGUUUGGCCGAUUUGACUUCGCAGCAUGCGGGCGCCGCAUCGUGUACGUGUGUUCGGGGCCCGACGACACCUCCAUGGGAUCGCGCGUGUGUCUGCACAACCUAGACGCGCCCAAAGAGCAGCAGGAUGUGGUUCUGUACGAGGAGGAAGACUCAGCGUUCCAGGUGACAAUUGACACCACGUCGAGUCGGGAGCUGUUUCUCAUCACGGCGUCAUCGCAGAGCACAUCGGAGGUCCACUUCAUGCCAACGGCCGUCACCCAGGACACCAAGCCCAAGGUGGUGCUGCAAAGACGCGAAGGCGUUGAAUACUCCGUCGAUCAUAUGGGCGAUCACGUCUACGUGUGCACAAAUGAAGGCGGUGCAGACAACUUCAAGGUGCUGGCGACAACGUUGGCGACGUGUUCCGAUCCUGCGGCCUACUCGCUUGUCCUGCAGGACCGCGCGUUUGUGAAGAUUGAGGCCAUCGAGGCGUUUGCAGACUUCAUCGUGGCCUUUGAGCGAAGUCACGGCGACAAGCACAUCCGCGUGAUGCGUCGCAAUGGCGUCAACUGCCCGCUUGACCACUACAUCCACUUCCCGUCACGUCUGCACUCACAGUGGCGGCGCAGCGAGGGCCUGGACCCCAUCGUCGGGCAGAAGCUGACCGUGUCCAUGCACCACCGCGACCCCAAUGUCCUCUCCUUCUUCUACUCCUCCCUGCGUCUGCCCACGGAACUGAGUACGUGA